UAUUUCCAUUUUCCCCCUCAAGAACACAUCUCCUUCUUAUCUUUCUCUCUCAAUGGGCUGUGGUGGCUGACCAGACUACCACACUCACAAUUCAAUCCCCAAUUACUCAAAAACCCUAACAAUACAAGCUUUUUCCUCUUUAGAUUAGCUAUUCCAUCUCACUAAAUACUCUGCAGAAUGGCAGCAACAGCCUCCUUUUUUACAAACUACACACUUUUCUCUAUUAGAAAAUCAUCGUCACUGUUUCUUCAGAGAAGAAGAAAUGCAAUUAAUAACUUCGCUUUCUGUUUGUCUUUCUCUUCUUCCUCUUCUGCUCUCUCUGCUACUACUGAUAAUAAUAAAAAGAGCUGGAGACGACCUGUCGUUUCUGUCCUUGAACUUGGUGGUGUCAAGAUUGAUAGAGAUGAUGUGGUUAGGGAUGACCCUACAAACAAUGUGCCGGAUACGAUUUUUUCGAAACUUGGGAUGCAGCUUCAUAGGAGGAAUCAACACCCAAUAGGGAUUCUGAAGAAUGCAAUAUAUGAGUAUUUUGAUACCAAUUUCUCAAACAAGUUUGAUAAGUUUGAUGAUCUCUGUCCACUUGUCUCUGUAAAACAGAAUUUUGAUGAUGUAUUGGUUCCUGCUGAUCAUGUAAGUAGGAGCUAUAACGAUACGUACUAUGUUGACUCUCAAACUGUCCUGAGGUGCCAUACGAGUGCACAUCAGGCAGAGCUACUGAGAAAUGGUCACACUCAUUUCCUCGUAACUGGAGAUGUGUAUCGUAGAGAUUCUAUUGAUUCAACUCAUUACCCUGUUUUCCAUCAGAUGGAAGGGGUUCGUGUUUUCUCUUCGGCUGAUUGGGAAGCAUCUGGCUCGGAUGCCACAUCUUUUGUUGCAGAUGAUUUAAAGAAAUGUCUUGAGGGUUUAGCAAAGCACUUAUUUGGUGCUGUGGAGAUGCGCUGGAUUGACACAUAUUUUCCAUUUACCAAUCCUUCAUUUGAACUAGAGAUAUAUUUUAAGGAUGACUGGUUGGAGGUCCUGGGAUGUGGUGUCACUGAGCAAGAAAUUUUAACGAGAAAUGGCAGAUCUCAGGAUGUUGCUUGGGCUUUUGGACUUGGAUUGGAGCGUCUGGCGAUGGUUCUAUUUGACAUACCUGAUAUUCGUCUUUUCUGGUCAACUGAUGAACGCUUUACUUCUCAGUUUCAUAAUGGUCAAUUGGGAGUCAAGUUCAAAGCGUUCUCAAAGUAUCCUCCUUGUUAUAAAGACAUGAGCUUUUGGAUUAAUGAAUCAUUUACUGAAAACAAUUUAUGUGAAGUUGUCAGAGGAAUUGCUGGUGAUCUUGUCGAGGAGGUACGCCUGAUAGAUAAUUUUACCAACAAAAAGGGAAUGACAAGUCACUGUUAUAGGAUUGCAUAUCGCUCAAUGGAACGUUCACUUACAGAUGAGGAGAUCAAUGAUUUGCAGUGGAAUGUGAGGGAACAAGUGCAGACCAAGUUAAAUGUUGUUUUGAGAUGAGAAAUUCUUGAGCUGCAAAACGAACACGGCCACUCAAAAUAUGUAAAUUUCGUUACUGAUAGAGUUUAGAGAUGAUGAGGCUUCGGUUUGUAGCAUUUCAGAUGGAUUGUUGCAGGCACUUUCAUUCAAGGGCAUUCUACAAUUUUACCAUUUUGUUUCUGUAAUAAAUCUAUGUAGCAUUUUUCUUAUAGAAAAGAAAAGGAAUCUUACAUAAUGGCAGUGAUGUCAGUACUCAUAAGUUAUUUGUGUGGAAAGCUCAAACAGAAAUGAUCCAUUUAGCAAACA